AAGAUGAUGUUUAACUGUAGAUCAAACUCGAAAUCCGGGUAAAAUCUCCGCCUCUUGUAGAGUAACAUUAUUCUCAAGUUGCUCCGUGCAUUUCCGAUUAUUACUUAAAGGAGGGCAUGGUCACUUUUAGGGAAAUGUCUGAAAAACUACGAAGAUGCAGAAAGGAGCUGACUGCUGCCAUAGACCGAGCCUUUGAAGGAGUCAGGCAUUCCCAGGAGUGCACAGGCCAGCAGAGGCUCGACGCCCCGUCACUCUCCUCCCUGCCGGUGCACAGGCUCCUCUGCAGAAACCCACUGGUAGCUUGCCCCUCUGCUGUCCCCUGCCCUGGUCCCUCAUGUGCCCCUGAGAAUGAGAACCCUGCCUUUGCACCACACCAUGUCCCAGUUAAUGCAAAACCACAGCCUUUAUACCCCAAAAGAAAACCUCUGACCAGCAAGGAAAAUGUGUUGAUGCACUCUUCUAUUUUGGCACGUGAGAGACAGUUUUGGAGAGCUGCAGGAGAUGGGGAAAACUGGAGAAAAGAAAGCUUAAGGAAGGAUAUGGAGAGAGAUUUAAAAGUUGACUCAAAUAUGCUGCUCAGCAGUUCUAGCCAAGAGGUCACAAAGGACCUGCUAGAUAUGAUCGACCAUACAAGUAUCAGAACUAUUGAAGAACUGGCUGGAAAACUAGAAUUUGAGAAUGAAUUGAACCGUGUGUGUGGACGCUGCCAAGAUUCACCCUUCAAGGAGGAAGCCUGGGCCCUGCUAGUGGAUGAGAGCCCGCAGAAGGCUUUGGAUGCUGACCCCAGUAGCCUCAAGCAGGCUUUGGAUGAUCAGAACAUUGUUGAGACUGUUCUGGACUUGGAAGAGGACUACAACUUGAUGACCUCUUUCAAAUACCAAAUAGAGUGAGGAGAGCUGACCCAGAGCAGCCACAGUGCUGUCAGAAGCCAGUCUUUACAAGGGGUUGGCUGGGCCUGACUGGCCACAUUCUGGUUAAUCCCAGUUGAAUCCCAUUUUGAGCCGAGAGCCCAGAUUUUUAAUAUUCUGUUAUUUUGAAA